ACUUAACUUACGCUACUCUUAUGUUACGGCUGUGUUCUAAGGGGGGGUCAUCAUAAGUUGCCAGCUCUAGCAGCUAAGUUUUAUUAAUCAAAGGCAUCGCCCGAUUCGAUUCCAAAAGUAACGGUAUAAAAACUACGUGAAGUGUACUGCUCCAACAAUAACCAACGUUGGUAGAAGGAAGUUUAUUGAGGAAAGAUAGAAACAAAUAUUAUUAGUUGAGCAUCAUCAAAAAUGCGUGAAUACAAAAUAGUUGUCUUAGGUUCUGGUGGUGUAGGGAAAUCUGCACUCACAGUUCAGUUUGUACAGGGGGUAUUUGUAGAGAAAUAUGAUCCCACCAUAGAAGAUAGUUACCGGAAACAGGUUGAAGUAGAUGGACAACAAUGCAUGUUAGAAAUUUUGGAUACUGCAGGAACGGAACAAUUCACAGCCAUGAGAGAUUUAUAUAUGAAGAAUGGCCAAGGAUUUGUUUUGGUUUAUUCAAUCACCGCACAAUCGACAUUCAAUGAUCUACAAGAUUUAAGAGAGCAAAUUUUAAGAGUGAAGGAUACUGAUGAUGUGCCAAUGGUCCUAGUUGGAAACAAGUGCGAUCUAGAGGAAGAACGGGUAGUAGGUAAAGAUCAAGGUAUAAAUCUGUCACGCCAGUUCAACUGUGCCUUUAUGGAAACUUCUGCCAAAGCUAAAAUAAAUGUAAUCGAUAUAUUCUAUGAUCUAGUACGGCAAAUCAAUAAGAAAUCGCCGGAGAAGAAACAAAAACAGAAGAAGAAAUCAAUUUGUGUGCUUCUAUAAGAUAAAAAAAAUAUUUGGAACCAAAAAAUAAGUUUAAAGAUUUCAAGACUUAAUUGUAAGACAAUGUGAUUAGGCAAGUGCGGACAAGGAGCCUUUUUGGCGAGGGCCAUUAGCCCUUUCAUAAAAUUGAAUUUACGCAAUUUAUGUCCGUUAAAUUUUUUCAAUUCAAGGUUGUUAUUGAUUAUAGUUGGAAGUCUACUUAGUGAUAGGGUAUUCUGAGAUCUAACUGCCAAUUAAGUGGUGUCAAAUAGAUAUAGGGAUGUGAAUCAAUGGUUUGCGCUGCGUUCAUGCUAAGACUAUCCAAGGGACAAUACAACUUCGUAAUUCUUCAAGAUUCCUUCAAAUUUCUGCUUUGUGAAAUGACAACUAGGCACAUUCUGCCUAUGUUUUGACUUGUUACUUUUAUCAGCAGCAAUGGCUUUAGUUGUCAAUUAUAUUGCAAAAUUUAUGUUUGAAAAAAUAUUUUGAUUGUAGUUAAAGCACUUGCAUGAUUGUGCAAAAAUAAAUUUUUAUUGUAGUUUCCUAUUAUCUGAUUGAACCUUCUGAAUAUACUUCUUAAAACUUCUUAUUAUUUCAGUAUGUUCCACAAAAAACAUUGAUUAUGAAAGUAGAAAAAUCGCUGAAAUUAUUUUUCCACAAAAAAUUCCCUUUUUUCUUCCAAGGUGGAGUCAGAAACUUGGAAACUACAAUUCAUCCAAAAAAGUAAGGUAUUCAAAUCUGAACUCUUGUCAAAAAUCUGAUUCACUUCAGUGAAUUUUUAAUUUGAAAUCAUUAUCGAAAUGUUUUUUACCAUUUUAUUGUAAUUUACUUCAAAACUGAAAAAGCUGUUCUUCGCUGAUACCAUUUACAGGGAUAAAUAUCCAAGUAAAACUCUGCCAUAACUAUUUAUAUAAUUCGAGAUUAAAAAAAAAACUAGAUUUCAAUUCUGGACACUUUUUCAACAACAUUUUCAUUUAAAAAAGGGAAGAGUUGAGUAACUUAUUAGCCUGAAUUGUCUAUUCAGUUUUCUUUUGAAGUAAAUACCUUGAGGGUGUUUGCAAAAUUAGGUAUUUACUCCCAAGUAAAGUACAAAGUAUUUACUUACCUCCAACUUUGUACAUUGGUCGUUUUUAGAUGUGAACAUAAAUUGUAAACACCCUGUAAAGACAUUCAAUUUUCUUAUGGCAAACAUCUUAUAAUAUUUGAUAAAUUUUGUAAUAAAUUUUUUUCUUAUUUUAUGCUUUGCGAAUUGGAGAGAAUAUUCACAUCUACACUUUCAUUUAAUAAUGGUCGAUUUCAUUGUUAUACUUAAUAGUCAGUGCCAGAAUGCCAUGUCUUAUUACAAGAGAUAAUAAUUUUUGACGGACUGCAUAACACUGAAGCAAUCAAAACUUCUCUUCGCAAUUUCUUGAUAAAACUAUGUACAUGCAAUAUCUAAAUGUAUAAUUUGAUGAGUUCGCAGAUGCUGGACAAUUUUUCAUUCAUUAUAUUUUUUAAUUAUUUUUGAUUUGCUUGAAAUAAACGAUUAUUUAUGAA